CCUGGAUUCCACUUCCCCUCCGCUCACGCUGCAGCCGCAGCCGCCUUCAGGCCCCGCGCCGCCUCCGGAGUCCAUGGCCGGGACGCGCUGGGUGCUCGGGGCGCUGCUCCGGGGCUGCGGCUGCAACUGCAGCAGCUGCCGGCGCACCGGCGCCGCCUGCCUGCCCUUCUACUCGGCCGCCGGCUCAUUCCCCUCGGGAGUCUCGGGCCGUCGCCGCCUGCUGCUGCUGCUCGGGGCCGCCGCGGCCGCCGCCUCUCACACGCGGGGCCUCCAGACUGGGCCUGUGCCGGCCGGGAGGCUGGCGGGGCCUCCCCCAGCGGCCGCCUCCGCCGCCGCCGCGGCCGCCGCCUCUUACCCGGCCCUGCGCGCCCCUCUGCUGCCGCAGUCGCUGGCGGCGGCGGCGGCGGGCCCGGCGCGCGGUUACAGCCAGGAGUCCAAAACUACCUACCUGGAAGACCUUCCACCUCUCCCUGAAUAUGAAUUGCCUCCGUCCAAGUUAGGAGAGGAAGUGGACGACGUUUAUCUCAUUCGAGCUCAAGGAUUACCGUGGUCGUGCACUGUAGAAGAUGUGCUUAGCUUUUUCUCAGACUGCAGAAUUCGCAAUGGUGAGAAUGGAAUCCACUUCCUCUUAAAUAGAGAUGGGAAACGAAGGGGUGAUGCCUUAAUUGAAAUGGAGUCAGAGCAGGAUGUGCAAAAAGCCUUAGAAAAACACCGCAUGUACAUGGGGCAGCGGUAUGUGGAAGUAUAUGAGAUAAACAAUGAAGAUGUGGAUGCCUUAAUGAAGAGCCUGCAUGUCAAAUCUACACCUGUGGUAAAUGAUGGUGUGGUUCGUUUGAGAGGACUUCCUUAUAGUUGCAAUGAGAAAGACAUUAUAGACUUCUUCGCAGGACUGAACAUAGUAGACAUUACUUUUGUCAUGGAUUAUAGAGGGAGAAGAAAAACAGGAGAAGCCUAUGUGCAGUUUGAAGAACCAGAAAUGGCCAACCAAGCCCUUUUGAAACACAGGGAAGAAAUUGGCAACCGAUACAUAGAGAUAUUUCCAAGCAGAAGGAAUGAAGUUCGAACACAUGUUGGUUCUCAUAAGGGAAAGAAAACGGCAUCUUCUCCCACUGCUAAGUAUAUAACUGAGCCAGAAAUGGUCUUUGAAGAACAUGAAGUAACUGAGGAUAUCCGACCCAUGACGGCUUUUGAAAGUGAGAAGGAAAUAGAAUUGCCUAAGGAGAUGUCAGAAAAGAUCCCAGAGGCUGUUGAUUUUGGAACUACGUCUUCACUACAUUUUGUCCACAUGAGAGGAUUGCCUUUCCAAGCCAAUGCCCAAGACAUUAUAAAUUUUUUUGCUCCACUGAAGCCUGUUAGAAUCACCAUGGAAUACAGUUCCAGUGGGAAGGCCACUGGAGAAGCUGAUGUGCACUUCGAAACCCACGAGGACGCUGUUGCAGCUAUGCUCAAGGAUCGGUCCCAUGUUCACCAUAGAUAUAUUGAAUUGUUCCUGAAUUCAUGUCCGAAAGGAAAAUAAGACUUCCAGGGAUUCCAGAAAAUAAGGAUGAAGCAAGAAGCAUUUCAUUUGCACAUCUUUCUUGGACAUGGGAUCUAAAGUUCCAGGUUUUUAGCAGCAACUGCUAGAGAAACCAUUUGGGGGUUUGGGGUUAAUUGCUUAUAAGAAAAAUUCCAUAGUGGACUGUUUAGAAAGAAAAAGGAAAGAUUCAGUUUGGGAUUAUGAAAUAAACCACAGAUUUACUUUUUUGUUUAAACUGUCCAGGAUCUGAUUAAAAAAUCUGGUCUUUAUUUUAUAUGAUUAAACAGUUUUCAUAGACGAUUUGUGACCCAGUGUAAAGACUACAUAUUUUUAUUCAGCGCUGUCCUUUAAAAUCUUUCUCCCAUUUUAAAAAUGAUCUGUUUGAGGUUUUGUUUUUUUGCCUGUGAAUUAAGAGCUCUGAUGUGAAACUUUUUAUGGAAUGAAAUACUGAUUAUUUUAACCAAAUACUCACCAAAGCAAGGAAAGGUUUCAGACCUUUGAACCAUUAUGGUUUGGCAGAGUUAUUUUAAUUUUAGGUGUAUUUGGUUACUUAGAUAGGGGUAGGAAUUUUAAAAAAAUCAAAACAAAAAACAAAUACCACAGGUUAGUGAGUGUAAAUGACAACAGUUUGGCAGUUUUAUGUCUUUAGAAAUGUUUUGCCUUUCUAAGCCUUGUGCUGAAGGCAUUUAACAUUGGUGCCUGUAUAAUUAAGGAGGCAAUUAUAGUCUUAAUGUAAAAGUUGUCUGACCCCUGCCCCCCCACCUGUUUUUGGUUUUGGGGUAGACCUUAAGGUGUGUGUUAGUCUCAAUACUGUGAAGUGACAUGUCAUAACAGUCCUGACUGGUAAGGACAUUAAUGGCUUCACUUGAAUUUAAACCAGCUCUAGAUAGGAAAAAAUCUGAGUCUCAUUUGCUUUUUCAGUGGGGUAGCACAUCCCAUAUUUUAGAACAAGUAGGGGUGCCUUGCUUAACUACAAAUAGCAUUUAAUGUAUAAUCGUGUGAAAGGAUUAUGGAUAAAGCUAUAUUUCUGUCACAUUGUGGCAGUAUUUUCUGCUUUAAUAUUAAACAGCUUGUUAUUUAAAUAUUGGAUCAAAAUGGCUGGCUUCAAAAUGUAGUCAUUAAUAAACUAACUUUAUGUGUACCUGUGUAGGAGAAUCAAAGUCCUGUAUGUUUUCUUUGCCUUGUUCCUGUUCUCAGGGUGACGUGGUUACCAGGAGAUGCAGUUCUAGUUCUUAAAGUUUAAUUAGCCCAGAUUUCUGAGAGGUGGUAUCUGGAAGAGAGAUUAUGUCUUCUCUCACUUAAUACAUAACCAUCUUUGAUUACCAGCUAAGAUACGGAAUCACUGUACUGUAAGUAGUCAAUAAAUGAAGGCUUGUUUCAGGCUGAA